UUUUUCAGCAACAAAAGAGUGAUCAAAUAAAGAUCACUCAUAAUGAAAUAUAAACAGAGGGUAUUAAAUUAUUACCUUUAAAUCUACUGGGGAGAAAAAAAUGAUGGAUUAAGCUAGCUACUUGGCCCUGGGCCUGUGGUUAUGUGUAUGUGUUUUUACACAGUGCCAAAAUUCUAAAAUAAAGGUGAACAAUUGGAGAACAAGCUGUUCGCUUCACAAAAUACAUGUUUUCUCUCUUUGAGUAUUCAUACAUUCUGACCUGACCUUCAGGCGAACUGAAACUGGCUUAUAAACAAGUUGAAAUACACGGUAGGACAAGGGUGUGGAAGAAUGUUGUAUACAGAACCAAACUUUCCAGCACAUCUCUCCCUAACUCAGUGAGAAGCUUAAAGACGAACAACACUACAUGGUCUACUGGGUUGGUGUGUGGGAUAAACUACAGUGUUUUCUUCUCCUUACUAAAAUAUAUUUUCACACGAUUGGCACAAGAGCUGGUGGUCUCCAUGGCUAUGCUCCUGUCAGAAAACAACAGGUCUUUCCUUCCCACCACCAAGACUCCUCUCCACAAUGCCACAGAAUGGAUCCUGGUCCACAGCAUCAUCCCUCCCUACAUCUUCACCCUGUGUGUGACGGGGCUGCUGGGUAAUGGCUUUGUCCUGCUGGUCUUCCUUCUCCAGAGGGAGCAGUGCUCCGUCCCAGAGAURUACCUGGGAAACCUGGCCCUGGCUGACCUGCUCCUCCUGGCCUGCCUGCCCUUCUGGGCCAUGAACAUCCUUAAUGACUACAACUGGCCUUAUGGAGACUUCCUGUGCCACGUAGUCAAUCUGUCUAUCACUGUCAACUUCUACACCAGCAUCUACCUAUUGGUGAUGGUGAGCGUGGACCGCUAUUUAGCGCUGGUGAGGACCAUGAGGGCCAGGUGGCUGAGGAGGAAGCGCUACGCACGGGCGAUAUGCCUCAUACUGUGGCUGUUUGGYCUGCUGAUAGGGGGUCUAGCUUCGCUUCACAGAAAGGUGACGUUCAUUGAGGAAUAUCGGACAAUGGCUUGUAUUCUGGAGUAUCCUGACCACUCUGGGGAGUCUUGGAAGCUGGCCCACAACCUCCUGUUGAACAUAGUUGGCUUUGUUGUACCUGUUGUGGGGAUUUUUUCCUGCAGUUGUAACAUUAUCAGAGCCCUGAGGAAGAGGAGGAAGAGUGUUUACAUAGAGGGUGGAAACGACAGGAAGGCCACAGUCCUCGUUUACGCCGUGACGCUGCUGUUUUUUGUAUGUUGGAGUCCCUUCCAACUCUUCACCUUACUCGAUAUGCUGUGUGAUGCAGAGGUCUUGGAUGAAACGUGGCAUUAUACACUGGACAUUGGUACCCAGUUUUCAACCUACCUAGCAAUUCUGAACAGUAGCCUAAAUCCUCUGUUGUAUGUAUUUUCUGGUCAGUAUUUUAGGAGGAAAGUUAGCACCAUCUACAAGAGAACGAAGAAUCGCAGGAGAUCUGAUACAAUGGCAUUUCAGCUUUCAAUUGUAUCAACCUACCUCCACAGGACUGAUCAAAUCAAACCUGUUGUAAUACAGACAUGAGUUCCUGCAUUUUCCUGCACAUUUGUUUGAUAUCAUGUAGUUAUUGCACACUAAAUUGCAUUUUCAACYUUGAAUUACACAAUGUAGCCACAUAAAAUGUGUGCAAUCUUGAACUACAUUAUGUAGGUCUAUAAGGUUUAGAUUGUGUAGGAGAUAUGUUUACGGCCACGGAAAUUAUGUGAUAUAAAUACUAUGCAUGCCAGUCUCUCUUGGCUAAGAGUUGAGGAGAGACUGACUGKAUCACUUAUUUU